GCCUUGUGCUGGCCGAUGAGCAUUGACAAGGCGUGACAAGGUUGUCGAACAAUUUUAUUUCUGUGAGAUAUUUAUUUCAACCUGCAAAUCGUUUAUCGGUAGGGCCCACAAUAACACCAGGCUUGCAUGCAUCUAUUUCAAAUUUCCAACUCCUGUAGGGCUCAUAUUGCAAUCAUGUAAUUAUUGCACAGAGUUCUCAGGCCAAGAGGACGAAAAUGGAAUCCUUUGGCCAGAUGGGCAGCUUCUUCAAUAUAUCAACCUUUGGCUCUCAAUUUAACCGCUUCGUUGUUCGUGACAGAUAUCUGCUUUAUCAGGGGUUAUCACGAUGGAGUCAUUUUUAGGCCAAAUGGGGUCUACAUAAGCAGAAAAGUGGGCCCCCGAUAAGGGGCAAAAAAGGCUUAGCCUUUUUUUUUUUUUUCCCGCCGCAAUUUUCUGUUCCGUUGGUUUCAUCAGUCCUCAGCACCCCCAACGACGCAGCGAGGAUGGGAGUGGCUGUGGGCCGGCGACGGCCAACCAUGACCACCAGCCUGCCCAAUCUACACCAAGUUUCCGAGUUGGAAUUAGUGUCCGCACUGGACAACCUUAUCGCCAUCUACUGUCCCGCGGCGGCGGCGGCUUCCUACAGUUCGGCUUUGUACAAGACUUCUCACAGGCCGUUCCAGCUGGAGGCCGAAUCUUCCCCUCUGACCGAUUCGGGAUACAACUCGGGCUACGCGUCCGAGGACGACGAUGAGGGUCAGGAGAGUCCAAGUGCUGCCCUCGACGAGGAUCUCCGCGUGAUUCGCGCCGAUGACAUGAAGCGCAGGUGCACGAUCCGCUGGCUGGAGCGGUUCAUUGCCAGUGCCGAUGGAAAUGAUGAUGAUGGGCCUCGGUGCAUUUUCGCCUUGGACGACGUGCGCCACCUGGCCGUAGAGAAAGCAGCCGCCCUGCUCGUGGCAUUGCUGAACCCUGUGGGAAGGGACGAGGAGGAUCAGGAGGCGGAGGAUGCAGAGGACGGCGGCUUCUGUCGAGAAUUUUCCUUUGUGUGCGGCGAUAAGGAUAGCAUCUCGGUCCGGCUCAACGAUGGCCUCGCGGGCACCAAGGACGACCACCUCGACGUCGGCCUGCAAACAUGGGGCGCCUCGAUUCUGUUCUGCCAGAUGAUGUGCGGCGCGCCGUCGCAGUUCGGGCUCGCGACAGAAUCCUGCGGUCUCUCGCCACGCAUUGUCGAGCUCGGCGCCGGCACGGGGCUCGUCAGCUUGGUCCUCGCUCAGCUGCUCCCCCGUCUAGGUUUUGACCAGCCGGCGGUGGUUGCAACCGAUUACCGCCCCUCCGUAUUGAGGAAUUUGCAUGACAACAUUGCAGCCAACUCGUCUUCAAAGAUUUCGAUUCCAAUAGUGGCCCAAACCUGUGCGCUUGACUGGGCACAGACCGAGCUCGAUCCUGCGUGGCCCCUGAAGGGCGACGGGCUGGCCGAUGUGCUGCUUGCGACCGACGUCAUCUACGACAAAACGCACACGGCUCUGCUGCACGGGUGUGCAUCGCGGCUGCUGGCAGCAGACGGUAUCUUCUGGCUACUUCAGACUGUGCGGCAGAAUGGGCAUCUCUGCGAAGUGACUGAGACGGUGGAGCAGGUGUUUGGGAAGGGAUCACCCUCGGAGAGUGGGAGCUCCGCCAGUCGCUCACUGACCGUACUCGAAUUAAAGAAGAUUGAGCGGCGAAACGGAGUUGGGCGGGGGGAUGAGUCCUUUUACAGACUCUUCAAGAUCGGCUGGGCUUAGACUACAUUUAAUUAGACUGGAUUCCCUGAUUAGAACUAGAGUAGAGGUACUUAGACGCGAGGUUAAACUCGGGCUUAAAGCAGUACCCGGCGUGCCUCGAGAGAGCAAACCGUCUCGAUACGAAUUUACGAAACCAAUAACAGACCCUGCCAUCAAAGGUUCCGAGAAUUUCGAGGGACUCGAAGAGUCGGGGGUGACUACCGAGGUAAUAGUUGCUGAGGGCUGGACGCAUCAAACAAGUCCAAUAAUUUUGUAAUACCAGACGCUAAUUAUGUGACAUGAACCUGUUGCAUAUUC